GGAAAAUCAAUCUACGCGAUUGAAGCUCUGAGAAGCUCUGAAGCUGAUCUGAACUUGGGAUAUCUUAAACCUUACAUUUUCAACCCAAAACGAUAAUUAACGAUCAAUUGACAAACCAACCUUUCGCAUCAACGAUAACAGGAAAAUCAUUGUCGCAAACAUGGCCGAUGUCAAUGCUGAUUGUAAGUGUCUUGGGUUUCUUUCCUCAAGUCCCGUUACUGUUUCUUUUCAUUAGCUUCUCCCCCUCCCUCAAACUUUGCGCUCGAAUCCAAUGCGCCGACGAGCAAAUCCCUACAUAAACAUUAUUUCUUCAUUUCAUGAGAGCUAAUACCAUCAUCUCCAGGGGCUGCUGAUUCCAAUGAAGCUAUUUAUAUCUCAUUGGUCACUCCAAGCACGGGAGCCACAACCUCACUUCACACUUUCACCCCGAAGUUCACAUAUCCCAUAUUCGGAGAUGAAGAAUCGAUAUUUGGAUACCAGGGCUUGAGAAUCAACUUAAAAUACAAUGCCUGUGAUAUGCGACCAGGCCUACAAAUUACUUACAACAAGAGGUUCAAGGCAGUGGGUGAUAUAGAACCAACGGAUUUGAAGGCGACGCUGGAACCAUUCUUACCAAAGAGUACGUAUUGCUCCGACGGAGCUGCCAUUUUCUAUUACUGAUGUCAGUACAGCUGCUUUUGAAAAGUCAAGUGUUUUCGAUUCAAAUAUCUCGGCUAUCCCAGCAGAUUGGCAUCCACCGGGAGAACUCUUUCGCGCAAUUGAGGUCGCUGGUGAGACAUUUGAAAUAUGGAAAGGUAUCCUCUCUGAUCCUGUCGUUCAACAAACCAUCAAGCGCAUUCAAAUAUUAGUCCCUUUAUUCAUUGAAGGAGGGACGUUACUUGAUCUCGAUGAAUCGGAAGACGAUCUUGAGCGAUGGACUGUAUUUUUCUUAUACCACAAGAAGCCACCCACAGCCUCAUUUUUCGGGAAAUCUUCAUCAUACGUAUUCAUGGGAUUUUCAACCGUCUAUCGCUAUUAUAUGUACACACCCACGACUCCGCCACAAACUCCCAAUGGUGAUAAGAUAGCUCCAGAAUUUACGCUUCCUGUCGAUGGAGUCUCGUUCAAUACUCUUCCUUGUCGGUCAAGGAUAUCUCAAUUUAUGAUUCUUCCACCCUUCCAAAGCGGGGGCAAGGGAUCAUUGUUUUAUAAUGCAAUAUUCGACUACUUGUCUGAUGAUCCAUAUACAAGAGAGAUCACGGUAGAGGACCCGAAUGAGGCAUUCGACGAUUUAAGAGAUAUUAACGACCUAGCUCGUCUACGCAAAGACGAAAGAUUCCUCAAGUUGAAGCUCGAUUCAAAGUUGAAGAUCAACCCUAAAGGGCCAGCUCCUACGAAACUUUUCGACACUAAAUCAUACGAAGAACUCCGAACUCAAGUAAAAAUUGCCCCUCGGCAAUUUGCCCGCGUCCAUGAAAUGUACCUUCUGUCCAUAAUUCCCCAGUCUGUCAAAGCAGCUCCUCUCCACGAUACAGCUGAAACUUCCAAAGAAUCUUUACCGCCUCCCAGGAAAGAAGAUGAACAUACAUACCAUCUCUGGCAACUCCUCGUUAAACAACGUUUAUAUCGCCACAAUAAAGAAGCAUUGGCGCAAUUAGACCGUGGAGAAAGAAUCGAUAAAUUGAACGAGACCUUGAUGGGUGUAGAGGCUGAUUACGGAAGAUUAAUUGAGGCGGUCAAUGAAAGGAGUGAAAAAGAGAAACGGACUGCUGUGGGAAAGGGCAAGGGGAAGAGUACAGUUAAUGAGAGUGGGAAGAGGGCUGUUAGUGGGGGGGAUGAAGAUGAAGAUGAUGGAGAAGAUGAGAAUGACGUACCAUUGGCUAAGAGGUUGAAGUUUGCUUCUUAAAGACCAGAGCACAUUUCGGGCGGUAUGUGACGGCGGAGGGACAUGUAUCAAAACUGGUACCAAAUUACUAUUCGAUCAUGGCGUUUGGGUGUGUUUUAUGCUCAGGGAUGAUAUCAGGGAAUGCUUGAGAUGUUUUCACACUUUGGUUUUCGGGUGGGAAUCAAUAAACACGGAGAGGAAGAAUAAAUACCAGAGCUGGUCAAUUUAUUUCAGCUUCAGAGAUUAGUAUGAAAAGAAAAUAAGUACAGCAAGUCAUAGAAUGAUCACUAUGGCGCCAGCCAUUUUGUCGUUGCAUUUUCCCCAUCCAUCUUGGUAUUCAUUUUCCCAUGCCAUUC